UCAUAUUUGUGCUUUUUUUGGAAGAAGAAGGAUGUCUCACAAUAAUAACCGUCGCCGACACAAUAAUCGCGGUGGAGGAGGUGGGAAGCACCAGCAGGCAGUGGUGGUGGAUGAAUCCAAUCCCAUCCUGAUGGCAUUUCAGGGAUUCGCCCGGGAAUUGGAUGACAAGCACGAUCGGUACGAGAGGAUUGUGAAGAUUGGGCGGGAUAUCACAAUUGAGAGCAAGAGGAUCAUUUUCCUCCUGCACACGAUUGAUCACAGGAAGGACAAUGCUGAGAAAGUUCUCGCGGAGGCACACCAGCGUCUGCAGAAGGUGUGCACGGGGAGUUUUGCUGAAAUUGCCAAAGAAUUGUCCGGAAGGGAUCAGUAUCAAUAUGCAAGGGCAUUUUCACCGGGACUACAGGAAUUCAUCGAAGCUUACACAUUCUUUGAGUACAGCUCAGGUGAAAAUCUCUCAGACUGGGAAGUUGUGCAGGAGCGGCUGAAGUACAAUGUUGAGGAGAAGUCGAUUGAGUGCCUCGUGCAACCCAUUGAAUUUAUGCUGGGCAUAGCUGAUAUGACAGGCGAAGUUAUGCGUCGCUGUGUCAAUUCCCUGGGAUCCGGAGAUGUGGAUGGUUGCUUCAAUGCCAAUCGCUUCCUGCAGACCCUAUUCACGGGCUACAUUGGCUUGGGAGCGACACACAAUCGCGAAAUGUCCCGGAAGAUGCACACGCUGCGUCAGAGUAUCAUGAAAACCGAGGCUGUUUGCUACAAUCUCAAGGUUCGCGGCAAGGAAGCCGCCAAAUGGGGUGCCGAAGAGAAUCUCUUCCUGGACAAGGCAGGUGAUCAUCAGGCUAACAAUGCAGCAGAUAUCGAUGAAGGAUUCUUCUGCUAGAGACAGAAAACUUUCCAUGUUCCUUCCAAUCAUUGAAUUUUUUUAUAACUGUAGCUUUUUUGGGAAUAAGAAUAAACUGAAAUACAUGAGCCUCAGGGCAUCCAAUAAACAA